UUGUAUGUAUGUGAGUGCACUUAGAAAAUACUCAAAUUUGAACCUCAAACUUUAACCGAUAAGAUACCAAGUCCAUUCACCAAUUUGUUAUGGCUACCUCUGGCGCUGCACCACCAUUAAGGGUUCAAAAUUACCAUGAAGACGGAGAGCAGAAUCUCAUCAGCCAAGAAGAACCUUCCAGUUCCAGAGGUGGUUGGGGUGCUGCUAUUUUCAUCAUCUUUGUUGAGGUGGCAGAGAGAUUUGCUUACUUUGGUAUGGCUGGUAACCUCAUCACAUACCUCACAAAUGAACUCCAUGAGCCAAUCCCCAUGGCUGCAAAAAAUGUAAAUACUUGGGUUGGAGUCUCAUCUCUCCUCCCAUUACUUGGAGCCUUCAUAGCUGAUGCCUUUCUUGGCAGAUUCAACACCAUCUUUGUCUCCUCCAUCAUUUAUUUACUGGCAAUGGUACUGCUAACCAUAUCAGUUUCAGUAAUUCCUCUGCAUUAUCAGAAGGCAAUGUUCUUUGUAGCACUUUACAUGUUGUCAGUUGGACUAGCUGGGCACAAACCCUGUGUGCAAACCUUUGCAGCAGACCAGUUCCGUGAAGACUCACCGGAGGAGAAAAAGGCUAAGAGCUCAUUCUUCAACUGGUGGUACUUGGGGAUCACAGUUGGUGCCUCUGCUGCCAUUUUAGUAGUCAUAUAUGUGCAGGAUAAUGUUGGGUGGGCGGCAGGGUUUGGCAUAUUGACAGGGGCAAUGGCGGUAGCUUUGGCUGUGUUUCUGUUUGGUUACAAGAAAUACAGAAAGCAGGGACCCUUAGGCAGCCCCUUCACCACGGUGGCUCAGGUGUUUGUGGCGGCGGUGAGGAAGCGGCACAUCAAUGGAACAUCCACUGGUUUUGGUGUGUAUUCUAGAGAUGACAAGGAUCAGCAUGAGACUAGGAGGUUUUUGGCACAGACCAGUCAGUUGAGAUGCUUGGACAAGGCAAUUAUCAUCGACCAUCUUGAUGCUUCAAGCAAGAACAGAAAUCCGUGGAGAUUAUGCUCACUAAAUCAAGUAGAAGAAGUAAAGCUCGUCCUACGGCUCAUUCCCGUAUGGAUGUGUUGCUUAUUGUUUGCAGUAGUCCAAUCCUUUGUUCAGACGUUCUUCACCAAGCAAGGAAGCACGAUGAUCCGGUCAAUUGGUCCAAACUUUAAGCUUCCCCAAGCAUCACUCCAAAUAUUCAUUGGCCUCACAGUUGCAGUUGCAAUUCCAAUCUAUGACCGUGUUUUCGUCCCAACAGCCCGAAAAUUCACGGGACACUCCUCUGGCAUCACCAUCCUACAAAGAAUUGGCAUUGGCCUAUUUCUAUCCAUAAUCAGUAUGAUGGUGGCAGCUUUGGUAGAAGCCAAAAGGGUUGGCAUUGUUAUAGACCACAACCUCUUGGACAACCCGAAAGCAAUAGUGCCAAUGAGAGUGUGGUGGUUAAUUCCACAGUACAUGGUAUGUGGUUUGUCUGAUGUAUUCACAUUUGUUGGGCUCCAAGAAUUCUUCUAUGAUCAGACACCGGAGGCAAUGAGAAGCAUGGGAGCAGCAGCAUACCUCAGUGUGGUAGGUGUUGGAAACUUCAUAUGCAGUGCUAUAAUAACUUUGGUACAAGCAAUUAGCUCAAAGUCUGGUGAAAAGUGGCUUACUGACAAUCUCAAUCGUGCCCACCUAGAUUACUUCUAUUGGCUAAUUGCAGCAUUGAGCACUUUAAAUUUGUGUGUUUAUGUGUGGAUUGCUAAAGGUUUUGUAUACAAAAAACUUGAAGCUGAAGAAACCGGUAAGGAGAAAGAGCUGGCAUAAUGUGGAUGAUCAAGAAGUGAAGCUAUUGGCCUAUAUUGCAGUUGAGUACCUUAUAAAUAAGGUAUUUUCAACCAGAAAGUGGUAUAGGAUGACAACUUAUAAGUU